UGUGUCUGAGCUCGAUGCCUGCUCUGAUGCCUGUGCUCGCACUGUCUAUGUCAACCAACAUCAAGUGCCCAAUUGGAAUGACAUCUGUCUUCGGAGAUGUCAGAGCGAAUGCCUUAAACUCUCUGCCUCUUGUGCUUCUUAGUGAGUUUUUUUUUUUGGCCGACUUGAAUUGUUGUUUUUGUGCAACAUGCUGUUAAAAGUAUGGUCUUUAUCCCGUUUUCAAAACCAGACAUGGAUUGUUGUGUUCUUUUGCAUGCUAGCGUUGAGCUACAUAUUAAUUUCAUGAUUCUCGCGACAGAUUGCUUCACUCUGGGACAACUUGUCGUGUUUCUGUUUCUGUAAUCUUGAUUUGUGCUAUUCUCUUUACUGUUUGGCAUGUGCUAAGGGUAUUCCAUGCAUCAAUUUUUUGGUCUUUCACUGCUAUUUAAUUAUUUCAACUUGCAUCAGAGUAUCUGUAUGCUUGAUUC